GUGUGGGGCGCGGAGGGGUGGACUGCUGUACAUUUAUUUAUUUUUUCUUGUACGGUCCGAAUACUAGCUUGAUUGACGCUUUAUAUUGGUGCUGAAUGUUCCAUUGACUGGAAGAAAAUCAUGUACCCAGUAGGACAGCCGGGACCGCCGGGCGCCGCGCCGCCGCCCGCCCUGCCGGUGGCCGUGGCGCCGCCGGCCGGCAUCACGCCCGUCUCGCUGCUGCAGCCCGCCUCCGGCGCCGUGGUGGCUGCCGCCGCCGCCGCCGCGCCCGCGCUCGCCUCCGAUAUGCCCAGUGAGUGGCCGCGCCUAUUCGCGGCGCCUCGCCGGCCAAACCUGGGCCGCGAGGGCCGCGGCAUCCAGCUGCGCGCCAACCACUUCCAGAUCACGAUGCCGCGCGGCUACGUGCAGCACUACGACGUCAGCAUCCAACCGGAUAAGUGUCCCCGGAAGGUGAACAGGGAGAUCAUCGAGACCAUGGUGAAGGCCUACGCCAAGAUCUUCAGCACGAUGAAGCCUGUGUUCGACGGCCGGAGUAACAUGUACACGCGAGACCCGCUGCCCUUCGGUAAGGAGAAGAUGGAUCUGGAGGUGACGCUGCCGGGCGAGGGCAAGGACCGCGUGUUCCACGUGUCGAUCCGGUGGACGGCGCAGGUGUCGCUCUACCAGUUGGAGGAGGCGCUGGAGGGACGGCAGCGCGCCAUCCCGUUUGACGCCGUGCAGGCGCUGGACGUGGUAAUGCGUCACCUGCCGUCCAUGAAGUACACGCCCGUGGGCCGGUCGUUCUUCUCGGCGCCCGAGGGCUACUACCACCCGCUGGGCGGCGGCCGCGAGGUGUGGUUCGGCUUCCAUCAGUCGGUCCGGCCCAGCCAGUGGAAAAUGAUGCUCAACAUCGAUGUGUCCGCCACUGCCUUCUACAAGUCUCAGGCGGUCAUUGAGUUCAUGUGCGAGGUUCUCGACAUCCGUGAAGUCAGCGAACAGCGGAAGCCGCUCACCGACUCCCAGCGGGUCAAGUUCACCAAGGAGAUCAAGGGCCUCAAGAUCGAGAUCACGCACUGCGGCUCGAUGCGGCGCAAGUACCGCGUGUGCAACGUCACCCGGCGGCCGGCGCAGAUGCAGUCGUUCCCACUGCAGCUGGAUAACGGUCAGACGGUGGAGUGUACGGUGGCCAAGUACUUCCUGGACAAGUACCGGAUGAAGCUGCGCUUCCCGCACCUGCCCUGUCUGCAGGUCGGCCAGGAGCACAAACACACCUACCUGCCGCUGGAGGUGUGCACCAUCGUGGCCGGCCAGCGCUGCAUCAAGAAGCUGACCGACAUGCAGACCUCGACCAUGAUCAAGGCGACGGCGCGCUCGGCGCCCGACCGCGAGCGCGAGAUCAACACGCUCAUCAGGAAGGUGUGGGCCGACUUCAACACGGACCCGUACGUCCAGGAGUUUGGGCUCAACAUCGAGCAGAAGAUGAUGGACGUGCGCGGCCGGGUGCUGCCGCCGCCGAGACUUCAGUACGGCGGACGGACCAAGCAGCAGGCGGUGCCGAACGCCGGCGUCUGGGACAUGCGCGGCAAACAGUUCUACAGCGGCGUCGAGAUCCGCGUGUGGGCCAUCGCCUGUUUCGCGCCGCAGCGCACGGUGCGUGAGGACGCGCUGCGGAACUUCACCCAGCAGCUGCAGAAGAUCUCCACUGACGCCGGCAUGCCCAUCAUCGGACAGCCGUGUUUCUGCAAGUACGCCACUGGCCCCGACCAGGUUCAGCCCAUGUUCAGCUACCUCAAGACCAACUUCCAGGGCCUGCAGCUGGUGGUGGUGGUGCUGCCCGGCAAGACGCCCGUCUACGCUGAGGUGAAGCGGGUGGGAGACACGGUGCUCGGCAUCGCCACGCAGUGUGUGCAGGCCAAGAACGUCAACAAGACGUCGCCGCAGACACUCUCCAACCUCUGCCUCAAGAUCAACGUCAAGCUGGGCGGCGUCAACAGCAUCCUGGUGCCCAGCAUCCGGCCUAAGGUGUUUAACGAGCCGGUGAUCUUCCUGGGCGCUGACGUGACGCACCCGCCGGCCGGCGACAACAAGAAGCCGUCGAUCGCGGCUGUGGUGGGCUCCAUGGACGGCCACCCGUCGCGGUACGCGGCCACCGUCCGCGUCCAGCAGCACCGACAGGUUAGUCGGGGUACAGACAGGGCAAUGACAGUGGGCUCCAUGGACGGCCACCCGUCCCGGUACGCGGCCACCGUCCGCGUCCAGCAGCACAGACAGGAGAUUAUCCAGGAGCUGAGCUACAUGGUGCGCGAGCUGCUCAUCCAGUUCUACAAGUCGACCCACUUCAAGCCGAUGCGGAUCAUCAUGUACAGGGACGGCGUGUCCGAGGGCCAGUUCCAGCCGGUGCUGCAGCACGAGCUGGCGGCCAUCCGCGAGGCCUGCGUCAAACUCGAGGUGGACUACAUGCCGGGCAUCACGUUCAUCGUGGUGCAGAAGCGCCACCACACUCGCCUCUUCUGCUCCGACAAGAAGGAGCAGAGCGGCAAGAGCGGCAACAUCCCGGCCGGCACCACGGUCGACUCGCAGAUCACCCACCCGACAGAGUUCGACUUCUAUCUCUGCUCCCACCAGGGCAUCCAGGGCACGUCUCGUCCGAGCCACUACCACGUGCUGUGGGACGACAACCGGUUCGACAGCGACGAGCUGCAGCAGCUCACCUACCAGCUGUGCCACACGUAUGUGCGCUGCACGCGCUCGGUCAGCAUCCCGGCGCCGGCCUACUACGCCCACCUGGUGGCCUUCCGGGCGCGCUACCACCUGGUCGAGAAGGAGCACGACAGCGACCCGACGUACCACUCGUCGUGCUCUGGCGAGGGCUCUCACCUGUCCGGCAACUCCGACGACCGCACGCCGUCUGCGAUGGCGCGCGCCGUCACCGUCCACCAGGACACCAACCAGGUCAUGUACUUCGCCUGAGCGCGCCGCCACAGCCGCCAGAGCCGCCGCUGCACAAUAGGAGACAAUUUGUACAUAGAGAGGGAGGGGGCUGCGGCCCGCCGCGUCACACAGGGUGCUGCUGCCCGGCUCCGGCCGGCACCGCUAAUCACCGACUGACCGCUAAUCAAGCCACUGCCGCCGCCGGCCAUACCCGCUUGCCUAGCUAGCCGCCUCUCUGCCCGGCCGCUCGCUCGUGUCUCUGGUGCCCAGGUGCCACUGUUAGCCCGCUGCGCGCUUCUAGUCAUCUGUGUGCUAGCCGCGGGCGCUCCUAGCGGCCGGCGCGCGCGCCCCGCCGCCGUCCGAUGGCGACCCCGCCCUGCGAGUGUGAGCGGGCGCCGCACGUAUCUUCCAUUGGCGGCCAGGUGCCGCCGUGCCGUCACAAGAUAUACGAGUAGCCGACGUCCUGGCGUGUGCCUCUCUCCGUCUGUCCGUGACUGGGUGGGCGCCUUUUGUAACGAAGCUGGAGCCGAGGUGCCAUGGUGUGUGCUCACAAUCACGUGCGCGGCUGAGGUGUCCGCGGCGGGCAGCGGCCGCCGGGCCGGGCCGGGCCGCCGACCAUCUACCGAACCGCACUGCCGAGUGGGCUGUCUACAGUGAGUGUAUAUCGAGGAGUGUCGACUGCCCCGCGCGCGCCGCCGGCCUCCGCUGGCCGCGCGCCGGUCUAAGUGCCCGCGCUGUGCCACCCUUCCUGCCUGCCGGCCCCGGCUGCCGCGGCUCGUCCACCAACCAUCACAAUUAUCUGACGUAUCUCUUUUGGUUGUCUAGGCGCUGAGCAUAGGCAGUGUGUUCCAGACGAGUUUCUGUGCUUUUUGUAGUGUUUGUAUGCAGCAUAGAGUGCGAACUGAUUUGCCGAGGUUACGUGUAGCGUACCUUCCGUUUGGUUUGUAUAUUGUAGGCAGUCUGCUGCCCACGGUAGCAGCGCCGCCCGCCGUUGGGCCGCUCACCGAACCGCUUUAAUAAGCUCGCUGGCCGGGCGGCCUGUGGCGGCCCACUGCCAUGCAAUCGUCCCCCUGUGUCUUACCCGAGAGCCGGCUGGCGGGCUGGGGUGUCUGCGCCGCGCGCUCACCAGUCCAGUCUGUUACUGCACGGCAGCGGUGCCGUCCGCUGGGACACGUGCGAGUCGGCCGGCCGCCCGGCGUCCUCCAUUCCUGCCCUGACGGUCCCGAGAACCAUGGCAAACCAAAGACGGCAUAUUCAGAGAGCGUUUUGAUACGGUAGUUUUGGGCUGUACCGCCACAGUAUCGCCGUUCGAUCCGUCUGCACAACGGAACAUUCUUUACGAGAUCUAGGGCGUGUUUUACUACGAAGCGCUCGCGCGCGUGUGUGUGCUAUCUGUUCGUGUGUGGUAUUGUGUAGCCGCUCUGAUGCGCCGCUGUCGGGGCCUGCGGGGCGGCCGGUGACAGACCCCCCGCGGCCGCGGCCGGCCGCCGCCCAGUCGGGCAGCUCGGGUCAAAUGUCGAGUUUACGGGCGUGUGGCGCGCGCCGCCGCCGCUGCCAGCCGGGUAGGUGUUCUGUUGUGUUUGCGGCCGGUCCGGUGCCGCCCGGCCGCGUUCCGUCGUAGCGCUGCGAGCCGGGUCCGUCUGCAGUCUGUCGGCGACCGGCCGGCAGUUGUUAACUCUGGUAGCUCAGCCCGCCCGCCAUCCAGCCGCCGCGCCGGGCGCGUCUGUCUCUCCGUGUGCCUGUGAGUGUGUCGGUCGGUCGGCCGCCGUCUGCCUGUAAUCUGUGUGUCUGUGUGCGGGUGUGUGACGACGGCCGGCGCCGGCCAUGUCCAGUGUCGGCGCCGGCGCCGGCCGUCCGUGCCCGGUCGGCGCGGCCCGCGGCCUCCAGCCGCCCCCACAUAUCGCCGAACGGCCGCCGAGCCGCCGCACCGGCCCGUCUCCGGUGUCGGCCGACACGCGCGCGCGCUCACAUAUCCCAGCGGGGAGCCGCCGCCGGCCGGGCAGCGCGUGCGCGUCCUGCCGGGUGCGCGCCGCACCUAGAACAAUAACGGCAUUGUAGGAGCUCAAUAAACCGACUGCAGUCACUC